AUCUUCUUCCCCAUCACCCUUUCCUUUCUAGCUUCCAAUAUUAUUCCACAUACAUCAAACCACUUUUCCUUUUUUAUGUAUUAAUUUCCCCAACUUUUCCUCCCCUAUAAAUACACACACACACUUGCACUCAAUAGUUAGUAUCAAUUAAUUAAUUAAUUAUCUCUGUUAAUUAAUUAAAGAUGACAGGUAAUAAGAGAAUUAACCAAACAAGUCCAGUAGGAAGUCCAACAUCAGGAAACAUCUCAGACAGUUCAUCCUCAAAAGAACAAGACAGGUUUCUACCAAUUGCUAACGUGAGCCGCAUAAUGAAAAGAGCACUUCCUGCAAAUGCAAAAAUCUCUAAAGAAGCGAAAGAAACGGUUCAAGAAUGUGUGUCUGAGUUCAUAAGCUUCAUAACAGGUGAAGCUUCUGAUAAGUGUCAGAGAGAAAAGAGGAAGACGAUUAACGGUGAUGAUCUUCUUUGGGCUAUGACAACACUUGGGUUUGAAAAUUAUGUUGGUCCUUUGAAAGUUUAUCUUAAUAAUUAUAGGGAAAUUGAGGGAGAAAAGAGUAAUUCUAUGGUUAAACAAGAUGAUUCUUCAAUUGAAGUUGUUAAUGAUGGUGUUAUUGGUGGGUUUUAUUCUCAACAAGUGAAUACUAAUGGUUCUUCAAAGAGGUUUCAUGAGAUUGGAGGUGGUGGUGAUGUUGAAACAGAACAUGGAAGUGGUAAUAGAAUCAUCCCACCAAAUCUAUGUUAUAGGGUUGAAUGGUAGAUACCAAUGUCACAAGUUUCUUCAAUUCAUAAUUUAUGUUAUGUUAUAAUCUAUUACUAUAUGUUAUAAAUAAUAUUUUCUUCUAGUAACUUUGUUUGUUGAUGGUUAGAUUGAUCACGGUAAGAUUUAAUCACUUUCAUUACUUUCAUUCUAAUUAUAUAUUUGGCAUUCAGUAUUA